AUGUCAGAGCCUUCUAAGUGCUGCAUCUGCCUGGAUGAGUUCACCAGCCCUGCUUUCCUUCCCUGUGGACACUGUUUCUGCCUGGGCUGUAUAGGUGAAUACUGGAGGAUCCAGAGGGCCUGUCAGUGCCCCCUCUGCAAGGCCAUUUUCCCCACCAGGCCACAUCUUAAAACAGACCAAACACCACAUGCUGGUGCUCCAACUGAGGAAGAAACUGUGCCUUUAAAAGCUGGAGAGGUUGCCUGUGAUGUCUGCGCAGCAAAGCAUCGAGCUGUCAAGUCUUGCCUGGAGUGCCUGGCCUCAUACUGUGCUGCUCAUCUGGAGCCGCAUUACCGGAAUGAAGAUCUUGGGCGCCAUCUUUUGAUCAAUGUGGUGAAGAACCUGGACGACUCUGUGUGUAGACUGCAUGGAAAGCAGUUAAACAGGUUCUGUAGGAGUGAUCAAACAUGCAUUUGUGCCAUGUGUGCCCAGACAGACCACAGGGGCCAUCACAUUAUUUCUAUUAACAAGGAAGCCACAAAGAAAAAGGUUAAACUAAGACGGGCAAGGAUGAAGCUUCAGCAAGCCAUUCAAGAGAGACUGAGUAAAGUUGAGAAAAUCAAGCUGUCUGUAGACCUCAGUGGAGAAAACCCAAAAGAGGCCUGGGCACAAAAUAAAGAGCUCAUCAGACAACUGGAAGAAGAAAUCUCUGAGCUGCAGAAGAGAAAUACUGAACUGGAGCAGCUCUUGCAGACUGAAGACAGCCUUUACUUCCUACAGGUCUGCAGUGUUCGACAGUCAACAGAUCACCAGCACACUGCGGCUUCUUAA